GUUGUGAUUUUUUUCCAUCUUCUAAGGGGUUGUGGUGAUUGAUUUGAUUUUUCGAGCAAUUUCAAAUUUAUGUAGAAAAAUACAUUUUCAGACAUGGGGACGACAGGCCAAUCUAUUACUUUAGCCAAUAGUAUAAUAGGAGUGGGAGUUCUAGCUAUGCCCUUUUGUUUCCAACAGUGCGGGGUGCUAUUAGCUACUCUUAUCCUUGUCUUCAUGGGCCUGGUGUCUAGAUUGUGUUGCUAUUUCUUGUUGAAAUCUGCACUUAUAUCAAGAAGAAGAAAUUUUGAGUUUCUGGCAUUUCAUGUAUUUGGUCCGGCUGGCAAGUUAGCAGUGGAGGUUGGCAUAAUCGGUUUUUUAAUGGGCACUUGCAUCGCAUAUUUCGUUGUCGUCGGCGAUCUCGGGCCACAGAUCAUUGCAAAGAUGUUUAAUAUUAAUCAGAGUGAUAUUUUGAGAACAUCAAUAAUGGUGAUUGUGUCUCUGGUCUGCGUGCUACCACUGGGCCUUCUACGUAAUGUGGAUAGUUUAAGCAAUGUCAGUGCAGCCACUAUUGGAUUCUACUUCUGCUUAGUUAUAAAGGUAAUACAAGAAGCAGCGUCCCAAUUGUGGUCAGGCGACUGGUAUACAAGAGUGGAAAUGUGGCGCCCAGCAGGCUUGCUUCAAUGCGUACCUAUAUUUUCCAUGGCACUAUUCUGUCAAACGCAGCUAUUCGAAAUCUUCGAACCGCUACCAACACUCUCGUUAGAAAAGAUGAAUGUGGUGACAAAGAAUGCUAUCAACAUUUGCAAAGGAGUCUACUUUACGCUUGGACUAUUCGGCUAUAUUGCUUUUAACUCGCAUAAUAUCUCCGGCAACAUCCUAAUGAGUUUGAGCCCGACAAUGGCGAAUGACGUCAUCAAGAUGGGCUUCGUCAUGUCUCUAGCGUUCAGUUUCCCGCUCAUCAUCUUCCCUUGCAGAGCUAGUCUUUACUCGUUUCUUUACAAGAAGGUGCAUGCGUCCCAUCACGACCAUAUAAUAAACCAUUCUAUACCAGAAAUGACAUUCCGUUGCAUCACAGUGGCAAUCAUAGCAGUUACAUUAUUUAUAAGUCUACUUAUACCGAACAUAGAGCUGGUAUUGGGCCUUGUUGGAUCCACUAUUGGAGUGUUGAUUUGCGUUGUAUUCCCAGCUGCAUGUUUUGUUAAUGUCACAUUUAAAAAUACUAAUGAGAGAAUUUUGGCAAAGGGUAUAGUAAUCUUAGGACUGGUGAUAAUGGUGCUGGGCACGUACGCGAACCUGCAAGCGGCUGAGAAUCAAGUAGACAAGUACGAUGACAAGUUAACCCAGGAGCGCAUUGACAAGAUCGUUGAAGACUUUUUCGAAAAAUGGGAUAAGUCUGGUGUAAACGGAGGCAAACAUGUAAAGGAAAUUGCACCGCAACUUGAUAAAGUAUUAGCUGUAGUAGAAAAGGAUUCAGAAGUGCAACCACCCAACCCUUUACCACCAGGAUCGGCGUCUAAAGAAAAACAUGAAGCGGUUAUAAAACCUGUAAAUUCAAAAGUGGAAGAAAAAGUUAUCGAAACAAAUCUUCAACCAGUAGGACCAGUUGCCGACAAACCAAUUGAAGACAAUGAAAAGAACGUACAAUCUAAAGUGAAUGAAAUUAAAAGUAACGGAGAUGUCAUUGAAAACAAAGCAGAAAAGCCACCUAAACAGGAAAAUGCAAAAAUUGAUACAAUACAAGAAAAAACUCAAGAGAACAUUGAUAUAUUGAAACAAGAGAAACUUAUUGAGACUAUUAAACAGCACGGAGAAGAACAAAAGGAGAUGAUGAAAAAGCAGAAAGAGAUUUUAGAUGAGAUUAUUAAAACUAAAAAAGAACUUCAACAGAAUAAAAAAGAAAAACCCGAGGUGGACAGCGUAGAAGCUAAAAAAUUGGCUGUUGAAAGUAUACAGAAAAUUGCAAACAUAGCCAUACAGAGUUUAAGCGGAGUCACUGAUAAACCAGUCGAUGUUCAACCAGGGAAUAAAGAAUCUGAACCUCUACAGAAAAUAGCUAACGAAGCCGUUCAAGAAAUCGCCAAAAAGGCUGUAGAAUCUAUUGUCGCUAUUAACGAAAUAAAUGAGAAACAAAAUUUGGAAACUAAAGGCAAUAUGGCUGAGCAACAAAUAAGUAUAAAUCAAGUGCCAGAGCAACAUGUAAACGAUCAAAAUAUUCAAAUUCAACAAAAUGAACAAAACUCCGGCCCAAAGGCGAACAUUGAUAAUAAUAUUCCUAUAGCACAAAAACUAAUUAAUUCGCAACCAUUGGCUCAUAUUCAAAAUGACAUAGCAAAAAAUAUAAACGCAGGAAACCAAAUAGAUAUUCAACCUGAAAAAGAACAACAAGUGAAAACCGUUCAAGGUUUCGUUCAAUCAGCAAACGCAGCGAAUCAAGGCCAAGCUGUCAAAAAUGUAGCCGAACCACCUGUUAACCAAAUGAAUGAAUCUCCUCCAGUUAAUGCCCAAGCACCAAAUAUUAACCAGCAACCUGAAAAUAUUAAAACUGCAAACGUAGCAAUUCCACAAUCUAACGUUAUACCUGAACAACCAGGCAUAAAUAUUGGACAACCUACCAAUAUAGUAAUUAAACCACCUGAACAAAAUGUGCCUAUAAAUGAAGGACACCAGUUAGCUAAUGCAAAUGCUCAAUUUAUUAAUGUAGCAAAACCACUUUUGAAUAACCAAGCUGCAAACGUAGGAAAUCAACAAGCUGAUAUUCCGCCAGUGGCUAAUGCACAAGUCAAUAAUAUUCAAAAUGAAAAUCUAGCCCCUAAUAACGUGCCAAAUCAAGCUAUACCGAAUAAAGAACUUGUUGAAAAUGAAAAUCAAGAAGUAGAAAAACAAAAACUUCACUUACACUCUCCUGAUGAGCCCCAGUCGUAUAAAGUAGGCGAAGAUUCACAAUUAAAAUCGACUAUGCAGAAAAAUAUAGCCGAUAAUAUACCACUUCCAAUCGCAAUAAAAGCUCAAGCACAAAUUGCCCAAAUUGCAAAUAAACCCAUGAGAGAAAUCUUAGAAGCUGAUAACGGUGACUUAGAAAAUGUUGAUGGUGCUAAAGUUGUUUUUGAAAAUGAAAACACUGUUCCUAGACAAAAAAGAGAAGUAGUAGACUGUACAGAAAAAUUAUUACUACCUCCUGAAGACAAAGAAAUUUGUGAAGCUCUAAUAACUGAUCAUAAAAUUGAGAAACGUUCCGAAGAAAUUCUGCCUUCUAAAGUUGAUUUAAAUGACGUACUUGAAAGACAAAACCUGAAUUUUGACGCAAUACAUCACGUAAGAUCUUUAAAAAGUUACGACAAAACGUAAAAUUAAAUAGAAAGUUCAAAUUUUGUUGGGAAUAACGUGUAGUGAGAUAAUAUAGGGAAUGUACAAUAACUAUUAGGUUAUAAUGAUAUGUCACUUAGCUAUCAUGUAAGUGUUAUAUAUCGGAGAUCUGUAACUAAUAGACAUAAGGUGGACAGUCGAUUGACAAUUUUACUUGUGAAUUCUACGACGCCUCGCAGCUGAUAGUUGUUUGCGCUUUCCCUAUUGUUGCAUUUACUUAUUAACUUAUUCUUGUGUGUAUAUAAUACUGUCAAAUUUUGGUAUAUUGUACAUGUUCGAGAUCUCAAUUACCAUUACCGAAAAUUAUUUUGAUUCUGUUGACUAUAGUAAGUUAGUUUUCAACGACUUUUCUACUGAAAAAUACGUACAAAAUUAGUGCCCCAUAGUAAUUUGUGAAUCAUUUUGAAUCUGGACCGCGAUACAAAUACCAUGUUAAAACAUUUUUUUUUAAUUUGACACGUGAAGUUCCUAACAUCAUCUAUUAAUUUACUAGAACAGUACUAUUUCAAAAGAGUGCAGAUUUAUGUAUGGUCAGAAUCGGCACUCGUGUAGUAUCUUUGAAUGUUAUCAACUCUGCCCUCGGAACGAAAAAGGACACAACUAACAUUUUUAUUAAAAUUGAGUUACAUACAUAUUCAGAAUCAGGAAAAAAGAUCAAUUUACUUUUUUUUAGUACAAAUACAUCUCAAUAAUGGUUGAAUAUACUGCAAGUUCAAAGGGCGCAACUGACAUCAAUAAUCCGAUUUAUUUUCUAUAAAAAGUCAUAUUUGACGUUUAUUAUGUUAAAAACACUAAUAUAAAAGGAUUUUACUUAGUAACGUAUGGAACGGUGCCCUUAUUAUGUAGUUAAUUACAAUAUAAUAACACAAAAAAGGCACAACUGAAUACAACAGUGCCUUAGAGUUCUAUUUAUGAGUCAAUUAUUAAAAGUCGCAUUUAUAUUAGUUAUACCCUUUGUAUGCAAUAAUGAUAUUUUUAAAUGAAACUUUUGUAUAAAACACAUGGUAUGUAUUUAUAACAUUAAUAAGCUAUUUAAUAUCAAACGUAACCAUAUUUUAAUUUUUAUCAGAAACAUCUCCAAAUCUAAAAUUCGUUUCUUGUGCCUUUAUUUCUUCCGAAGACAGAACUAUAAUGUAUAGUGUAAGCAACAUUGACUGAU